CGAGGCCAAAGGCAUAACUCGCAUAAAAACAAAAAACUAUUUAUACACACAAUAAAUGGAAGUACAGAGGACUACCAGGCUUCAGCAGGCAAAGAGUGGCAACAUGUGCGAGUCGACGCCGAGGUCCGGCGGCGAGUCUCGGCGGAAGAAAGCAGAGGAGCGCGGCUCUCCCUCGGAGAUGUCCCGGAUCGUUACCGACCCGGCCACCGGCAAGUGCUACUGCCGGGGAAAAGUUCUGGGAAAGGGAGGUUUUGCCAAGUGCUACGAGAUGACCGACCUCGCCACCAGCAAAGUUUACGCAGCCAAGAUCAUCCCGCAUGCGCGCGUCUCUAAACCGCAUCAACGGGAGAAGAUUGACAGAGAAAUCGAGCUGCACCGAAUACUCCAUCACAAGCACAUCGUGCACUUUUACCACCAUUUCGAGGACAAGGAGAACAUCUACAUCCUGCUGGAGUACUGCAGCAGAAAAUCCUUAGCACACAUCCUGAAAGCCCGCAAAGUGCUCACCGAGCCGGAGGUGCGCUACUACUUGCGACAGAUCGUCUCAGGACUCAAGUACCUGCAUGAACAGGAGAUCCUACACAGGGACCUUAAACUCGGUAAUUUUUUCGUAAGCGAAUCCAUGGAGCUGAAAGUGGGUGACUUUGGUCUGGCAGCCAAGCUGGAGCCGGCGGGGAACAGGAGGAAGACGAUCUGCGGGACUCCCAACUAUCUUUCCCCCGAGGUGCUGAACAAGCAGGGCCACGGCUGUGAAUCAGACAUCUGGGCCCUCGGCUGUGUAAUGUACACAAUGCUUUCGGGAAGGCCGCCCUUCGAAACCACCAACCUGAAAGAGACGUACCGGUGCAUCCGGGAUGCUCGCUACUCGCUGUCCUCCUCGCUAUCGCCGCAGGCCAAGCAGCUCAUCACCAGCCUGCUGGCCAAGGUGCCAGAGGACAGACCUGACCUGGAACACAUCUUGAGGCAUGACUUCUUCACACAGCAGGGCUUUAGUCCGGAACGUCUGUCGGCGAGCUGUUGUCACUCGGCGCCAGAUUUCCAUGUCUCCAGUCCUGCCAAGAGUUUCUUCAAGAAAGCAGCAGCGGCCCUCUUUGGAGGCAGGCGGCACAAGGUCAAAUACUACGAGACUCUGAAUAAGUUAACCAAAGAGGAAGAGGAGAUCUACAAGUUGCAAAAUGACCUGGAGCGAACUGUCAUCAGUCAGCAGCAGAGCAAAAAGACAGCUGACAAUGGAAGUCUACUUCCGCCAUCUGCCCAAAGCCCCGUCGCCCCGGCAACAGAGAGCCGAUCCCUGACGACAACGCGAGAUACCAUCCGUCUGAUCGUCAGGGGGAGUCUGGGGAGUUGCAGCAGCAACAGCGAAUGUCUAGAGUACAACAGCACGGGGAGCGUGGCCGACACGGUCGCCGGUGUGUUGAGGGGAUGCCUGGACAGCAUGCCUAAAGCCGACAACAUUCCUCAGAGCGCAAAUAGCUGCGGACUUCAGUGGGUGACCAAGUGGGUGGACUACUCUAACAAGUACGGCUUUGGAUACCAGUUGUCCGACCACACCGUGGGCGUUCUCUUCAACAAUGGCACUCACAUGAGCCUCCUGCCAGACAGAAAGACAAUCCAUUAUUAUGCAGAGUUGGGCCAGGGCUCUGUUUUCCCCACCUGCGAGGUUCCUGAACACUUUGUGGGCCAAGUGACUGUGCUCAAGUACUUUUCCCACUACAUGGAGGAGAACCUCAUGGAUGGCGGGGACCUGGGUAGUAUGACGGAUGCGCACAUGCCCAGACUCUAUCUGCUCCAGUGGCUGAAAUCAGACCGCGCCCUCAUGAUGCUCUUUAAUGACGGCACUUUUCAGGUGAACUUUUACCACGACCACACCAAGAUCAUCCUGUGCUGCCAGAGGGACGAGUACAUGCUGACCUACAUCAACGAGGACCGCAUCUCCAAGACCUUCAAGCUCAGCUCACUGCUGGCGUCCGGCUGCCCCGCUGACCUGCGCGAGCGCAUGCUAUACUCUCUCAACAUGCUGCUGCAGAGGUGCAGCUAAAGACCCUACCCCCACAUAAAUACAGUAGAGCAUGUGUGUGUAUUAGACACAUGGAGUUGCAUAUCCUGCAGAGCUUGAAUCCAUCGGGGAGGAACUGCGCAAGUGGAAUUAUGGAGGAACAACAGACAGUGGAUAAUAAAAGUGACUAUGCAAUGGAGGGAAAAUGAGGUUUCACUGGAGGAAAAACAAAUAUGUUGGACCAAGGAAUGUUGGUAUGAUCCAGAUGUGUUGGACAAAGAGAGAGAAAGAGGAUGUCUUUUGGGAAGACCAAAAAGCUGGGCUGGCACUAGCUUGAAUGUUAAAAAAGAGGCUGCUAGACGGUCUUACUGUUGUAAAUGAUGUACAGUGUAAGCUUACCCGCCAUGCAGAAUCAUGCUAAUAUGUGUGUGGAUGGGCCAGGGUUCAAGUAUUUUUUUAAAUAUGUACGUCUGUAUGUGUGUGUGUAUCUGAGUCAGUGUGUGUGUGUGGGAGGGUUGUAAUAUGUGGAAAAAAAAAAAAAAAAAAGAUUUCUUCUCUUUAAUGACGAG